GGGUGAUACAUAGGUGUGUACCCACACCAGAUCGACCACGACAUUCCACCUCGUCAUUGGUCGAGGCACCAGGAAAUGUUCUGAGUUUGGGACACCGUCGAGGGACAUGCCCUCGGAACAGAUGACCGGGGAAGACAACACCGUGACAUGUGGUAUGUCUAAAGGCUUGAUGCAAACGCUGCUCAGUAAAAUGACGCAGCAAGCAGUGGCGAUCAACGCAUUGUUGGGCCAAUUGCAGCAAGCAAACGGACCGGCUGGAAUGUCUCAACAGGUUUGUGUUGGCAUUCGUCACGUCAACCUUGCACCACAUUGGAGGAUGAACAACAACUCGAUAGCGGGAAUGUGUUGCACCGUAUGCCCACUGCAAAAUGAACAUUGAUGAAAUUCACAGUCGGUUGUUCGAGAGAGAUGUCUGAGAGGUCUUUAGCAGAAGAAGAGUCAUCGGGAGAGGAGCACGACGAGUUGGGCACUCAAUUUGACUUGCCGAGUGAAGAAGAUGGUGGUGCAAGCAAAAAGAUGAAAGCAAGUCUCUACGAGGGGCAGAAGUUCCCGACCGUGAAAGAUUUGCGCAAUGCAGUGGUCCAACAUGCAGUCCAAAACUACUACGAGUUCGUUGUUGUGAAAUCGGACAACAAGCGGUACACGAUUAAAUGCAAUGAUGUCAUGUGUAUGUGGCAUUUGCAUGGGUCCCAUGUAAGCGGUGGCCCGGUUUUUGUUGUGAAGGGCAUCGAUGAGCACACAUGCGGAGGCCUCGCGAAACUGUUAAACGGGCAAGUCACCAACGCAUGGGUUGCGUGGAUAAUAGAGCCAAAAUUGCGAGACACGCCGGAUUACAAGCCGGUGGAGAUCAUGAAUGACCUAUUCCGCGAUCACGGAGUGAAAGUGAAGUAUCGUUGUGCAUGGAAAGGGAAGGAGAUCGCAAAGGCAAGCAUUCUCGGAAGUGAUGACAAUGGUUACCGAUACUCGCGGUUGUAUUGCGAGGAGGUGCAGCGGUCAAAUCUAGGGAGUCGCGUUGUCGGUGCGAAUACCCUUACAAGGGUAUCCGCCCUGGGUUUUGCAAGUGACAGAGAAUAGUCUGGGUUAGAGUUUGGGUACACCGCUCUAGACGCGGAUGCGUCUGUGAUUUAUGCUGGCUGGAUGGUUGACUAGAAUAGA